CACAAGGAAGUAAGUUUUUCCAAGAAAGCUGCUUCUUCGUUGUUUGCGCAAUUCUAUUGCAGAGGGAGUGGUUUACAAUAUUUUUCGAUCUUUUUCGAUCUCCAGCGCUUUGCAGUGGACGUUAGAAGGUUCAUUUAUAUAUAAUCUCGAAAUCUGUAGAAAGUACUGUACCUUGGCCAUGGCAGCCGCAAUUGUCGUUCUGGGUCACUACAAAGUCAAUUUGCUUGACAAGUUAGGACAGGGAAUGUUUGGAAUCGUGUUUCGAGGGACGGACGCACGGCGAGGCAUAAAGGUGGCUGUAAAGCAAAUGGAGCUGAAKAAGGACGAUAAGGSCGGGGCUGACAAAGUWGGAAGUGAUGCAAUGACAGAAAUCAAGAACUUGCAGAAACUCCCGUYCCACCCCCACAUAGUCAAGUUUUUCGACUUCCACUUCCAAGCCAAUUCUUUCUGGAUGGUGAUGGAGUUUUGCAACUUUGGCGAUCUAAAGCAGUACUUUGACAAGUACAAGCCCAUAGACUUUGUAACCAAGGUAGAAUUCAUGCAACAGGCAGCUAGUGCCAUCCGUCACUUGCAUGGGCUGCCUGUUCCGAUUAUACACAGAGACUUGAAGCCAGCUAACCUCAUGUUGCAUUAUACGGGCAACAGACCAGUCAUUAAAGUGACUGACUUUGGCUUAAGCAAAGUUGCCGAAGACAAGGCAGACAUGGCAAAAACGUACAUGAUGUCGACCCUUGGAGGAACACCGGUAUUCAUGGCCCCAGAAAUCUUUAUGGAGCAGAAGUAUACAUCCUCUGUCGAUGUGUUUGCGCUUGGUUUGGUGUAUUUAGGCAUGCUUAACUAUGAUAAGAUCGGCGACAUUUUCCCGGUGCUUGGGUCUGGCUUUCUGAUGAUGCCAUUAGGAAUGGCGAUAGCGCAGGCGCUGAAAACAGGAUCUGCUCCACCAAAACCUGUUGAGAUAAAGCCUAGCGAGAGUAAAGACAUGAAAGAAGUAAAAGAAGUUAUCAGAAAAAUGGUGAUGGCUAAGAAAGAAGAUCGUAUGAAAAUUCAAGAAGUUAGCACCACACUGAACAAUAUUUUCGAUAAACUUAAGGACCGUCUUCCUCCCCCACCCACUCCUCCCACCGAGAUCACAGGAGCACAAGCUGCAGGAGAAGAUCUACCUAARGAUGAAGCUAGUGACGACUCGGAAGAGGGGGGCAUUGGCUACCUMUUGCUGAGGCAGGCUGCUGCUCAAAUGUUAGAGGAAAAGGGAAGGCCCAGCGAAGAAGACAAUGCUCAAGAAGACUUGUUAGGAGGUGGCAGGAUGCCACUCUUGGAAAUGCUGUUACUACAGGCACUAGGAGAAGGAGGAGGAGACGACAAAGAAUUACCUGGAGGACUCAAAAAGGGAGACAAAGUCCGCGUUGAAAGUGACAUUGAGAGGGCAAAACUCCUUCAAAAAGAGUAUGGUGGUUGGACAGAUUCUAUGAGAAAGCACCUUGGAAAAGUUGGGGAAGUUUUGGGGAAGUUUCUUCAUGUCAUCAAAGUCAAGUUCCCGGAUGGAAAUUCCUGGUCCUAUAACCCUUCCUUACUCGAGAAAGUCAAUUCUGACGGCUCUAGCACUCCUAUUGUGGAUGCAAGGCAGUCAAGAUUGGAAGAGGUUGUUCGAGGGCUGUUCCAUAGAUUUGAUGUGGUCCAAAUACCGAAGGAAAGGAGUGUGGUGGAAUUAUUGCAAAAAGGUCAUGGUGGAUGGAAUGAUAGAAUGAAACUUUGCCUAGGGAUCAAAGGAAUGGUGAACAAAGUGGACAAAGAUGGAGAUGUGUUUGUGGAGUGUAUUAACGGUGAUGAUUGGACUUUUAACCCCGAAUUGCUGAUCAAGGUGGAGCCCGAUCCCAAUGUCAAGAAAGAAGCUGGAGAUUUUGUGUUAGUAAUGGACGAUGUGGAGAACGUGAAGCAGCUUCAAGUCAAUCAUGGUGGAUGGGUGAAAGGCAUGGAAAAGUGCUGUGGCCAUACUGGGAUCAUCAAGGCUGUUCUACCGAAUGCACGUUUGAGGAUUGAAGUGGCUCAUAACACAUGGAUCUUUAAUGAAAAGGCUAUCAAACUAGUAGCCAAGGGAGAGGAAAUGUUGGAAGCGAUUUUGAGAAGAAAAUUGAAACUCUGAACAGGUUSUUCAGGAAAAAGGAAUGAUGAGGAAUGAUGAUUUGACCAACCUACUCCACUUAGUACGUUGUUCUGAGAUUUUUACUCUAAAUCUGAGAUCGAAUUAGAAUUUCGAUUUGUAGAUUUUAACAUGGYGAGUGUGAGCAAAUUUAUGCCUGCUCAUCGAUAACUGGGGAUUCUAGUCCAAUUAUUUAUUUUUCUUUUACCAAUACAUAGGAAUCAGAACAUUUGAAUAUAUUUUGGGUACUUUUCUCACCUAAAUUGCAUUCACCCCAUCCUUUAUACAUUUUCAUAUUAUCAAUAUGAUAUUUCGGCAUUGUUCAAAUAUGGCCGGCUUGGAUUGAGUUAAAC